UGUAACAAAGAUAUAGGUUAUAAUUUUCAGAUUGUUGAUACGAUGGAUUUGUCAAAAAUACCAAAUGACAAAAAAUUGUAUCUUUGUAAAUGGUAUUUUAGGGCUGGAUUUGUUUUUCUACCAUUUCUUUGGGCUGUGAAUGCUAUUUGGUUUGCAAAAGAAGCUUUUGUUGAACCACAUUACGAGGAACAAAAACAAAUUAAGAGAUAUGUAAUAUUUUCUGCAAUUGGAGCAACUAUAUGGUCAGCUGCUCUUUUAGCAUGGAUCGUUACAUUUCAAACACAAAGAGCAGCAUGGGGUGAAUUUGCAGAUUCUAUUAGUUACAUAAUUCCAACUGGCAUUCCUUGAUGUUAAGAUAUACUUAUAUUUAUUUAAUUGUUUAUGAGUGACUUAUUAUAAUAUACAUUUUUAAUUUGUGAAAUAAAAUUGUUUCUUUUUUCUUAGCAUUUUAUUAGAUAACAAUAGUCUUAGUUGUAAAAAUAUACUGUUUAUUCAGGUG